UCCAGCCAGCCAAAGGAGAGAAGUGGGCGACACUAAGAGACAGAGACUGGAUCCAGAGGAGAGAAACAAACAGUCCGUCAGAGUGAAAGUGAGAGGGAACGGGAGCUGUGGGACGUGUGGUGAAAAUGGCUCAACGUCUGCGUUUGUACUUUGGCUCAGGCCGCAGUAACACAGCGCCUGAGUUUUUGGAAGGAGACUCUGAGGAUCAGCAGGGAGACAAUGACAUGGUCACGGUGCUCCGCAUGCAGACGCCUCUGGAUUCAACGCUUUCUCAAGAGCCAGCUGCGCAACAUGCCCCACCAAGAGCUUCGCGGUCGGAGCCUUCGCUUAAACGCAGCUCCUCCAUGUUCAUACCCCAGCUUGCCACCUACACUGAGCCGCGGCCCACCAAGAGCUCCUCUAUGCACAUCUCCCUCCAGCGCUCCAAUGGUUCAAGUAAUGGAGAUUCCCGUGGUUAUGUUGAUGAUUAUGAUGUCCCGCCACCCUGCUAUACUCCUCCAGGACCGGCUCCUGCCUAUACCGAACCACAGAUCGAAACAGAUGUUCCACGACAGUCGCCUCCUCCGUACUACAGCCCAGAUACUUUAAACUCACAAACUUUUCUAACAGAUCCGAACUUACCCAAACGCAGGGUCUUUAGUAUUGGAGCCAAUGGCCAUACUAUGUACAGCAGAGCCCAACCUGGUAUCAGUGUUGGUGGGAUUUGUAUUCAGAGAGACUCUGCUGACGGUUCUGAUAUCCAGCAUUUCAGAAUCCACCCUUAUGGUGGCACUGGCUGGUCCGUCCAGCAGCAAAGCUUGGACCAGUGCUCUGUUGUUAAUGGUGGAACACAGAGACUAGUGUUUCAGCUCCAGCAAAAUCAGAACCAGGAUCAGAGCCAGGCUAGGAAACAGGCUGCGCCAUCCCAGGAAGAAUGCACAGAUGUUGGCUUUGCCAGCUCAAGAGGUAGCCGUAUGGUGCGUUACCCAAGAAUUCGACUGGAGAGAAGCGCGUCUCAUCAGAGGCUGUUGCUGGACAAUCAACACCAAGAAAAUCAACACCAAGAAAAUGGUGCAGAUAGCCAAGCUAUAGAGGAGAACCAAACAGACAUUGAGACUCAGCGAAUCGAAGCAAGAAACAAAUCUAAUGGUUGUACUUUCAAAAUCAGUGGGGAUUCUUCCAGGAGGCAGCCUCAUUUCAAGAUAUAUUUUACCCAAGGCGGAGGUGGAGAUCAGGAUGUGAGCCCUGACAAUGAUUCCACGAGGAAUAAUCCCAAGACCAGAGAUGAUUUCCUGGGACAGGUUGAUGUUCCUCUUAGUCAUUUGCCGACGGAGGACCCUGCUAUGGAGCGGCCCUACACAUUUAAAGACUUCCUGUUGCGGCCCAGAAGUCACAAGUCCAGGGUGAAGGGUUACCUGCGUCUGAAGAUGGCCUAUCUGCCCAAAAUAGGAGGACCCGAGGAAGAGGCUGGAGAGAUGAGGGAGGAGGCUGAGGGAUGGGAUGAGACUGCUGACUCGGGCUCUCAGCGACCCCAGCAGCUGCUUCCUCCGUUGCCUCCAGGCUGGGAAGAGAAGGUGGACAACCUUGGACGCACUUAUUACGUCAACCACAACAAACGCAGUACACAGUGGAAACGGCCCUCCAACAUGGAUGUGAUUUCAGAGACUGAGAGUGAUAAUCAGCAGCGGCAGAUCCAUCAGGAAGCACAUCGCGUUUUCCGUUCGAGACGCCACAUCAGCGAAGACUUAGAGAACGAGCACAUGGAGCCCAGAGACCUAGACAAUUCCUGGGAGCUCAUCACAGAAGAGGAUCCGACCGACAGCCAGUCGCUGCCUGGCCGCUCCAACAGCUUGACACCACAACUACCAUCGACACCUGUCACCCAGGAGUUCUCUGAAGAUUUAAAUCUGAGGCUGUCGCUCACUCCCGACACCAACGGGGAAGUCGCGGGGCCCAGCUCUGCUCUGAACCAGCUGUCAAACAGACUCCGAUCCUCAAGUAUGACGGAUGGUGUCAGUGAUCAGGCCCCGGCUGCUCCUCUUAUGCAGCAGGGUUCCCAGACCAGAAGAACAAGAGCUCAAACAGUCUCAGGUGGUGAGGAGUCUAUGUCUCCCUCAGCGACUGCUUACGCCUUGACCACCCCUGGCCUGCCCCCUGGAUGGGAGGAGAGGAAGGACGGCAAAGGAAGAACUUAUUUCGUCAACCAUAACAGCCGCACCACUACCUGGACUAGGCCAAUUGUGCAGCUGACUGAAGACGGAGCCAGCACCUCAGCAGCAGCAGCAGCAGCAUCAGGAGGAGCCUCGUCCCUGGAACCCCCACCCACCCCCUCCUCCUCCUCUUCCAAUGCCUCCAACAACCACCUCCAUGAGCCCCAAGUCCGACGACCUCGUAGCCUCAGCUCCCCGACUGUCACCCUUUCCACUCCCAUGGAGGGAGCCAACAACAUUCAGGUGCGGAGGGCUGUGAAGGACACGUUCUCCAACCCGCAGUCUCCCCAGCCGUCCCCCUACAGCUCCCCCAAGUCACAGCCCAAAACACAGCAGAGCUUCCUGCCCCCGGGCUGGGAGAUGAGGAUAGCCCCCAAUGCACGGCCUUUCUUCAUCGACCACAACAGCAGAAUCACCACCUGGGAAGAUCCCAGGUUGAAAUAUCCCGUCCAUUUGAGGACUAAGAACUCAAUGGAGCCCGGGGAACUUGGGCCUCUUCCUCCUGGAUGGGAAGAAAGAAUUCAUUCAGACGGACGCACCUUCUACAUCGACCACAAUACAAAGAACACGCAGUGGGAGGACCCUCGUCUGCAGAGUCCAGCUAUCACAGGACCCGCUGUUCCCUACUCCAGAGAGUUCAAGCAGAAAUACGACUACUUCCGAAAGAAGUUGAAGAAACCGGCUGACAUUCCCAACCGAUUCGAGAUGAAGUUACACAGGAACAACAUCUUUGAGGAGUCGUACCGUCGCAUCAUGUCCCUGAAGAGGCCGGAUGUUCUGAAGGCGCGGCUGUGGAUCGAGUUUGAGUCAGAGAAAGGAUUGGACUACGGCGGUGUGGCCAGAGAGUGGUUCUUCCUCUUAUCCAAGGAGAUGUUCAAUCCUUACUACGGCCUGUUCGAAUACUCUGCUACAGACAACUACACUCUCCAAAUCAAUCCCAACUCUGGCCUGUGCAACGAGGAUCAUCUCUCCUACUUCAAGUUCAUCGGACGUGUGGCAGGAAUGGCUGUGUUUCAUGGAAAACUACUGGAUGGUUUCUUCAUCAGACCCUUCUACAAGAUGAUGCUGGGAAAACAGAUCUCCCUUAAAGACAUGGAGUCGGUGGACAGUGAAUACUACAACUCUCUGAAGUGGAUCCUGGAGAACGAUCCCACUGAGCUGGACCUGAGGUUCUGUAUUGACGAGGACAACUUUGGACAGACGUACCAGGUGGACCUGAAGCCCAGCGGCUCAGACAUGGUGGUCACCAACGACAACAAAAAGGAAUACAUUGACCUGGUCAUCCAGUGGAGGUUUGUCAACCGGGUCCAGAAGCAGAUGAACGCCUUCCUGGAGGGCUUCACUGAGCUUAUUAUCAUAGAUCUGAUCAAGAUCUUCGAUGAAAACGAACUGGAGCUGCUCAUGUGCGGUCUUGGUGACGUCGACGUCAACGACUGGCGGCAGCACACGGUUUACAAGAACGGCUACUGUCCCAACCAUCCUGUCAUACAGUGGUUCUGGAAGGUUGUCCUGUUGAUGGACGCUGAGAAGAGGAUCCGGCUCCUCCAGUUUGUUACGGGAACAUCACGAGUGCCCAUGAAUGGCUUUGCCGAGCUUUAUGGUUCUAAUGGACCUCAGCUGUUCACAAUCGAGCAGUGGGGAACACCAGAGAAGUUGCCAAGAGCUCACACAUGUUUCAACCGCUUGGAUCUGCCCACUUACGAAUCCUUUGAGGACCUGAGAGAGAAACUCCUCAUGGCUGUGGAGAACGCGCAGGGCUUCGAGGGGGUCGACUAAGGCAGCGGCCUCUGACUGCAUCCAAACCAAACCAACAAACAAAAAAAUAAACAAAACAAAAAGCCACAGGGAUAUCAAACCAGCUGCUGUAGCAGUUCUGUGCGAGCAUGUUGUACUGUAACGCCUGACUGUGAGUCACCUCCACAGCACGGUGGCUUGAGACUGUACAGCGAUUUGUCGAGCAAAUAUGCCUACGUCUUUAAAUGUUUUCAGAGUGGGUAGGUCACUCCUUAAAGGUGCUGGGGGAAAGAACGGGAGAGUCGCACUGUUGAAUGCUGAAAUCUAUUAUCCACAGGCAUGAGCGAUGAAUGAGCUGGCCCCUGAUCUGCCGUUUCUUUCCCCUCUACCCUCGUCCUGUGAAAAUCUACAGUGCUGGAAAACACUAAUGCAUUUCAAUAGCUCCUUUCUAUAAACUCUAUAGCACAGUAUUCAAGCACCCUUCGAUGGAGGGGUUUUAGCAUGGCCUUAAUCUGGCUCCUACAUGCACUAUUUCUCUAAGAAACUGCAAUGGCACUAUGAUCACAACUCUGUCAAAUCCUUAGACCAACACCAGAUUACCUUAGGAAUGCUAGCCAAUCACAUUUCAGGAAAUCGGCCACACCCCUCCGUAGAGCCUUGUCUAAAUGUUGUGUGAUCAGAAAUCGCCGCCGCAGCCUUUUUGUAGAAUAACGUUUUUUUUUUUUUUUUGCCACAGGUAAGGAUUCGAGAAUGGAGGAUUAAAUAAUCCCAAAAAAUUAUUAUUAUUAUUUUUUUUAGCUUUUGUCAUCAUGAAAUAGUUUUUUUUUUCUUUCGUUUUUUUAAAUCAUUGGUAUAAUUCUUGCAGGAAAAAUACUCUCAACACAUUUGUACUGAUGAACAAUGUUUACUAUUUUGACGAUUCUAUACGACAUGGUGUGUGACGUGUAAAUCUGGCUAGUCUGGGAAAUAAUUAAUCCAUAUCAUUUGUUAUGGUGAUAGCAAAUGUGUUGAAUAAAAUGUUUUUUUAUUGUAGUGCUAUGAAAGCAGCAUGAAAUUGUACCUUGUGUUUGCUUUGACUACAUCGUAGUGAUUUGGACGUGUAAUCGGUCGUGAGGUCGAGAAGGGAAAACUUAAACCUUGGGGAUCGUUUCUCUGAGACGUUUUGCGUCAUGAUUAUAUUAAUAUUCUCAUGCCUGUUGCUGUUCAUAAUGCUGUAAAUUGUUCUUGGAAACACAUUUUAAGUUCUUUCAUGAUAUAUAAAUAUAUGUGAAUAUGAAUUUAACAGAAGUAUUACUGAUCAAAAACACUAAAAAUGAAGCUGUGUGUGUGUGUGCACGGGUGUUUGAGAGAAAAGCUGUGAUUGCCACUGAAUAUAAAGCAGCACGUUUCUUACAAAGAAAAACCUUUCUUUUCUUUUUAUGUUUUUUUGUUUCUCUCCUUUUUCUAACACCAUUGAACCUAAAGGGCACUUUAUAGAUCACUCUGAGGUCAUGUCGCCUAUUGUAUGUCUUGUCUUUAACUUGAAUGUGAUUCUUCCCCUCCCCCCCCCCCCCAUUCAGAGCACUUACCUGGUGCAAUAUUCAUAGUCUGUAAAUGUGGGCUGCUGCUAAGGUAGAAAAAGUUGACAGAAGUGAAGCAGAAACUUCACAUCCUUUUAGUCUUCUCUGUUUUCUCUUGUCCCUUUUCUCUACCUUGUUUUCCUCUCUUUGUGUUUCCUCCCUCCUGUGACCCCCCCCCCCCCCACACCCAAAUUGACUUGGUAAAGAUUAGUCCUUUUUUUAAUGAAUGACGUGAAAUAUCACUUUUGUUAAAGAUUCCAACACUCUCUGCAACUCUUUGUGGUUCAUUUAACUUCAGUCAAAUAAAAAUGAAACUUCUCAGAAAGUGUUGUUAGAGUU